UUUGGGGGUUUGGGAUCCUUAAUUCCGGGAAAUGUUGGGGGUUUGGGGUCUUUAAUUCUUGGGAAAUUUGAGGAAUUAGGGUCUUUAAUUUGUGGAAGAAAUUGAGGAUUUGGGGUCUUUAAUUCCUGGAAGAAAUGGAAAUUGGGGAUCCUUUACUUCCUGGAAUUUUAGGAGCUGGAAUUUUCUGGGGACUGAAAUUUUAGGGACAGGAAUUUUUUAGGGCUGGGAUUUUUUUUGGGUGGCUGGGAUUUUUUGGGGGGACUGAAUUUUUAGGGACUGGAAUUUGUAGAUCUGGAAUUUUUUGGGGGGGGGAUUUUUUGGAUUCUCCAGGAUCCUGGAGCAGGCGAUGGAUCCGUGGGGGGAGGAAGAGGAGGAGGAGGAGGAGCCGGAGGUGAUUUUUGGGGAUGAGGGGGAGGAAGAUCCCUACAAUCCUAACGGGAUCCAGGGAACCCCAGACUCGAACCCAACGUUGGCGGACGCUCCGGAAAUCGCGGAGUUGGAUCCCGGCGCCCUCUUCCCGAGCGCUGACCUUUCCGAGCGGGAGACUCUCCGUUGGACCGUGGUCCAACAAAUCGACCCCGGAACGUCGGCGAAAAGCCGGAGAAGUGGGAGAAGCCCCAAAUCCCAAAGCUUCUCCAACUUCAAGAGCAUCAUCGUGCUCCAAAAGAGCUACGAGUGCUCGGAAUGCGGCAAGAGCUUCAGCUGCAGCUCCCAUUUCUCCAAACAUCGCCGGACGCACACCGGCGAGAAACCCUUCCGGUGUUUCCACUGCGGGAAGAGCUUCAACGUCUCUUCCAACCUCUACCGGCACCAGCGCGGCCACGGCGGUGCCGAGGCGGCGCCGGAAAAGCCCCGCGGGCUUCCCUACAAAUGUCAGGAAUGCGGGAAGAGUUUCCGGCGGAACAAAGAGUUGGCCACUCAUCAGCGGCUCCACACGGGGAAUUUGCCCUUCCAGUGCGGCGAUUGCGGCAAGAGCUUUUCUUGGAGCUCCCACUGGCUUCGGCAUCAACGGAUUCACACCGGCGAGAAACCCUACGAGUGCCCGGAGUGCGGCAAGAGUUUUUCCAGGAGUUCCCAUCUUUACCGGCACCAGCGCGGCCACGCCGGGGGCCGCUCGUACAUCUGCACCUACUGCGGGCGGAGCUUCGGCAGCAUCCUCCACUUCGAGCGGCACCAACGGACGCACACCGGCGUCAGGCCCUACAAAUGCUCCCUGUGCCGGAAGAGCUUCGGCGACGCGCCGGCGUUGGUGAAACACCAACGGAUUCACCUGGGCGAGGGCCCCUUCCAGUGCGAGGAAUGCGGGAAAGGCUUCGGCGCGCGCUCGCAGUACGCGCGGCACCGGCGGAGUUUCCACGGCGGGUCCGGAGCCGAGAAGCCGUAUCGGUGCGGGGAUUGCGGGAAGAGUUUCUCCUGGAGCUCCCACUGGGAGAGGCACCAACGGAUUCACACCGGGGAGAAACCCUACGAGUGUCCUGAGUGCGGGAAGAGCUUCGGGAGGACGUCCCACCUUUACCGGCACCAGCGGACGCACGCCGGGGGUCGGCCCCACGUCUGCGGCGAGUGCGGGAAGAGUUUUAAUUCCACCCUCCACUUCCAGAAGCAUCAGCGGGCGCACGGAGCCGGAGCCCGGAAAAGUUGCGGCGAGUGUGGGAAAUCCUUCUCGGAUCCGUCGGCGUUGGCCAAGCAUCAACGGAUCCACGAGGAAUCCCAAAAAAGUGGGAAAUCCUUGGUUGAUUCGUCAACGUUGGCCAACCAUCAACGGGUCCACGAGAAAUCCCAAAAAAGUGGGGAAUCCUUGGUGGAAUCCCAAAAAAGUGGGGAAUCCUUGGUGGAAUCCCAAAAGUCCUGCUCGGAAUGUGGAAGAACCUUUGGAGAUCCUUCAACGUUGGCCAAGCACCGACGGCUCCACGAUUCCGGCCGGAAUUUCGGGACAGGAUCCCAACUCCGGAGGCACCUCCGGAGUCACGGAGAGGAGGAAAUGCCAGAAGGCAGGGACCGGCGAUUUUGGGGAUUUUUCAGGCUCGGAUUUGGGAUUUUGGGAGAGAUGCAGGAGAACUAUGAGAACGUCAUUUCCUUGGCCGAGGAAAUCGCCAUCAGUUGGCCGCGGAUCACCGCCUUCGCCGAAUCGCACCGGAGACGCGGCCUGGGCGCCGCCGCCGAAGCCGAGGGGGACCAGCCGCACCCCUCCCCCCCCCCGGCGCCGCCCCCUCCCCCGGGGGUCUCGGGCGAUGGGGGAGGGGCGGAGCCGGAUCUGCGCCGGCAGCUGGGGCUGAUCCUGCAAACGGCCGGGAGGAGCCAGGUGGAAAAAAUGCUGCGGGAAUUGGUGCGGGAGCAGGGCCAGGCAGGAAAACGCCGGAACCGGAGGAGAACGGCCAAAGACGGGGGCGCCGGCGCCAGUAGCGGCCCCGAGGACGAUCCCACCCCUCCGGCCCCCCAAGAGCCGCCUCACCCGCCAACCGACGACGACCCUCCGUCCACCGGGAAGAGCCGAAAACCCACCGGAAGCUGCUCGGAAUGCGGCAAGAGCCCGGCCAAGCCCCGGCGCUGCUCCGAGUGCGGGCGGCGCUGCCGUCAGCCGGACCGCGGCGGCGCGGCGGCGGAGAAACCGCACCGCUGCGGCGACUGCGGCAAAGGCUUCAGCCGCGGCUCCAACCUGGCGCAGCACCGGCGCAUCCACACCGGCGAGCGGCCGCACCGGUGCGGGGAUUGCGGCAAGGGGUUCAUCCAGCGCUCCGACCUGGAGCGGCACCGGCGCGUCCACACCGGCGAGCGGCCGUACCCGUGCGGCGACUGCGGCAAACGCUUCAGCGUCAGCUCCCACCUGGACCGGCACCGCCGCACUCACGCCGGCGGGCCGGGACCGCCCGAGCAGCCCCGCGCCAAAACCAAAACGGCGACGCCGGCGGCGGAGUCGGCGCCGUACCGUUGCCCGGAUUGCGGGAAGAGCUUCGGGCAACGCUCGGCGCUGGCGAAACACCGCAAGACGCACACGGGCGAGCGGCCGCACCGCUGCGGCGACUGCGGCAAGAGCUUCAGCCGCGGCUCCAACCUGACGCAGCACCGGCGCAUCCACACCGGCGAGCGGCCGUUCGCCUGCGGCGACUGCGGCAAGGGGUUCAUCCAACGCUCCGACCUGGAGCGGCACCAGCGCGUCCACACCGGCGAGCGGCCGUACUCCUGCGGCGAGUGCGGCAAGAGCUUCAGCGUCAGCUCCCACCUGGACCGGCACCGGAAAAUCCACGCGGCCGAACGCGCGUCCUACCGGUGCCCGGAGCAUCUGGCCGGGUUUUUGGCGGCUCACCGGCACGGGAGGCUCUUCCAGUGCGGGCAGUGCGGGCGGUGUUUCGGUCAAGGCGCGGCGCUGUUGAAGCACCAGCGGUGUCACGGCGGCGCCGGCGGCGGCGGUUCGGCCGCGCCGAAAUGCCUGGAUUGCGGGAAAAGCCGGGGGUUGUGCCAGGAUUGCGGGCGGCAACCAGAAGCGGCGCCAGCGGCGCCGGAGAAGCCGUACAAGUGCCAGGAAUGCGGGAAAAGCUUCGGGCAGCGCUCGGCGCUGGUGAAACACCGGCGCAUCCACACCGGCGAGAAACCCUACAAAUGCCAAGAUUGCUCCAAAGGCUUCAUCCAGAAAUCCGACCUCACCAUCCACCGCCGGAUGCACACCGGCGAGAAACCCUACGAGUGCCGGGAGUGCGGGAAGUGCUUCAGCGUCUCCUCCAACCUCCUGACCCACCAGCGGACGCACCUGGGCGAGAAACCCUUCCAGUGCUCCGAGUGCGGCAAGAGCUUCAUCCAGCGCUCCGAGCUCACCAUCCACCGGCGCGUGCACACCGGCGAGAAGCCCUACAAGUGCCCGGAGUGCGGCAAGUGCUUCAGCCGCAGCUCGCACCUCAACCGGCACCAGCGCACCCACGGCAAAGCCGGCGCCGCCGCCUCGUCCUCGUCCUUCUCCUCCUCCUCUUCCUCCUUCUCCUCCUCCUCCUCCUCGUCCGCGGUGCCGGCGGCGCCGGCGGCGCCCGGAGGUUUGGCCUUCCCGGCGUUCCCGGGCUCCUCGGCUGUGCCGGCGGCGUUGGAGCUGCCCUGGGCGUUGGCGUUGCCGGGCCGGGCGUUCCCGGGGUUUCCGGUGGGUAAUUAGCGAGGUGGUUAAUUAGGGGUGGGGUUGGUUGGCUCAUUAAGGGGGGAGGUGGGGGAUUGCCGCGGUUCCGCUCAGUUCCCGGCAUUCCCAGUGCUCCCGGUGCCCAACUGGGGUUGGCCAACCCAAGACCCAACGUUGGGUUGGGUCCCAACUCAUUCCCAUUCAAUUUCAGUGCCCAGUUAAUGAUCCCUAAUUAAUUAGGGGUGAAUUAAUUCAGUAAUUAAGUGAGGAAAUGGGGAAUUCUCAUCAUUCCGUGGUUCCGGUCGCCUCCCAGUGCUCCCAGUGCCCAACUGGGAUUGGCCAGUCCCAAGAACCAACCUUGGGUUGGUCCCAUUGAAUUUUGACUGCUAAUUAAUGAUGUCUAAUUAAUUAGGGGUUGAUUAAUUCAUUCAUUAAUUAAUGAUGGGAGGGGGAAUUCCCAUCAUUCCCAGUGCUCCCAGUGCCCAACUGGGGUUGGCCAACCCUACAAUGGGGGCUCUUCCAACCUUAAAUUUCUAAAUUUGGGGGAAAAAACAAAAAAAAAUUUGGGAAAGAACAAAAAAUUGGGGAAAAAACAAAAGAAUUUGGAACCACAAAAAAAUGGGAAAAACCAGGAAAAACUGGGAAAAAAAACACCCAAAAAUUGGGAAAAAAACCCAAAAAAUUUGGAAAAAUAAAAAAAAUUUGGGAAAAACGCCCCAAAAAUUGGGGAUAACCCACCAAUAUUUUGGGAAAAAUGUAAAAAUUUUGGAAAACCCUCAAAAUUCCAGAAAAGAAACACAAAAAUUGAGGAGAAAAAACCCUUAAAAUUUUAGGAAAAAGCAUAAAAAUUUGGGGGAAAAUACCUCACAAUUUGGGGAAAAACUUAAAUUUAGGGGAAAAUCAUCCAAAUUUGGGGAAAGAAUUCCCAAAUCUGAGUCAUGAAUAGUACCAAAUGUGGGUUUGAGAGGAAAGAUUUUAUUUUCUUUUGGAUUUUUUGGGGUUUUUCCCAAACUUUUUUAAGCUUUUUUUUUUUUUUAAUGAAAAAUUGAAUUUUUUUUUUGUUUUUGUUACUUUUGUGACUUUGUAUUUUCGGUGUCGGGUCAAUAAAAAUCCGACUUUGGGCUGAA